ACUACGCAAGUGCACAUCGCCCUCUCAGCCUCUCUUUUGAAGCAGCCUAAUUUUGCCCCGUAAUCCUUCUCCUGAAUAGCAUACACAGUAUGGGAGGUUGGAAUUCGGAGACGACGUUUUUGGAAAAAGCUGUAUUAAGGCCAAUAAAGCAGCAAAGCGUCGUCAAGGGCUGCGGCGGCAGCUGGAGGGAGCCUUUUCGAAUUCUCACAACCCUCCUGCUAAGCCUCCUCCUCCCGCUGUCGUUCCUCCUCCUGGCAAGGCUUUCUACGGCUCGUCAUAUUUCUGCUGCUGCUGCUGCUACAUCACUGCCCUCAACUGAUUGUCGUGAUGAUGAUCAUCUCCUCUGCUUUCUCUUCCUCUUCCACUACUUUGUUAAUACUUCGACCAUUGUCUGCGCAUUGGUCUGUCUCAUCACCGUGGCUGCGUUCGUCCACUGCUUGACAGCUGGUCCGCCGGCGUCCUUAAAUGUCACGAGUAGUAACAGGCGCUGCCAGUCCCUUGUUUCUGUUGAGCCUGAUGCCUUUCGCCGCCUCCGCUUAUACGCUGCAUGGAUUAUUCUUUGCACGUUACAGAUAUGCGUGGGGUUGGGCAUCGAAGGGAGCAUAUCCACAGAUGCCGGCUGCAGUUUGAUGAUGAGGAACUUCCAUAGUAGUCCGACUCCAGGGUGGCAGGAGAGAAUUAGCAGCUUGUUAAGCAGAGUGAUAUUCAUCGUGGGGUUGCAUGAGACGACGCAUUUUUGGUCAAAGAGCGUAGUGAAGCCGGUGGUGGACGAUACUGUUAUGGGUUGCGUCGUGAAGGAGGAGAGAUGGAUGGAGAGGGUGGGGAUGGCGAUGAGCUUUGGUGGGUUGUGGUGGUGGAAAUUGAGGGAUGAGGUUGAUGCGCUGGCGGCGGCGGUGUGGGAGCUGAUCAUGAAGAAGGAGCUUCAGCCCACGUUGCUGGUGGUGCAGGAGCAGGGGGCUGGCGGACUUGGGGUGGCUGACUUGGUUGGUUGGUGGUUGUAUUAUUUAACUGUCGCCAUCGGAAGCAUCAGACUAAUAAAGGGUGGCAUUUGGCUUGGAAUGAUUCUGCUCUUCAAAUUCAGAAGGGGAUAUCUUCGUCGUCGUCGUCGGGAUUCUGUCUCGGACACACCAACUGAUCAUGACUACCAAGUCUAAUAAUGAAUUUUAUUUAAUUUUUUUGGUCGAAAACUACUGGACAUAAUAUACAUAUGAUUGACCACUUCUCGUGAUUUGAAUUUUCCCAUCUUCUUAAUCAUUUGUUUAUUUUGAUUUUUUCUUAGUACUCCAAUUGUAGCUGU